AGUGUGCCGCUAAAGCUACAGUUUGGGGAAGAAGCAAGCAUUUCCGACACCAAUGGCAGAACCUACAACGGACCAAUUGGCGGAAACUUCAGGUGAGAUUGCGAAAGCGGAGUUCUCGGAUCGUGUCCCGAUCCGAUGGAUAAUUUCUCGGCCGGACGGUGGGGCGGGGCUGGCGGGGAAGACGGCGAGGGUAGGCGGUUGGGUCAAGACCGGAAGGAAGGCCGACAAGGACGCAUUCGCAUUUUUGGAGCUCAACGACGGUUCCUGUCCCGGUAACCUCCAGGUCAUCGUUGAAGCUUCCCUCGGUGACCUUUCCCAAGUUGUCCCCACCGGAACCUGCAUCGUCGUCGACGGCCACCUGAAACUCCCUCCUUCCGGCACCAAGCAGAAGAUAGAGCUCCGCGCCGAUAAGCUCAUCCACGUUGGUCCCGUCGAUCCCGGCAAGUACCCCUUGCCGAAGAUGAGACUCACCCUCGAGUUCUUGCGAGACUUCGUUCACCUUCGUUGUCGAACCAACACGAUAUCUGCAGUUACUCGAAUCAGAGAUGCACUUGCUUAUGCGACGAAAACAUUUUUCCACAAGCACGGGUUUCUUGAAGUGCCCACGCCGAUUAUCACCACGAGUGAUUGUGAGGGUGCUGGUGAGAUGUUUCAAGUCACAACUUUGAUUAAUGAAGUGGAGAAAUUGGAGAAGGAGCUGAUACAGAACCCUCCUCCGACGGAAGCUGACGUAGAAGCUGCCAGGCUUGUUGUUAAGGAGAAAGGGGAGAUUGUUUCCCAAUUGAAGUCUGCUAAAGCGAGUAAGCAGGAAAUUAGUGCUUCUGUGGAUGAACUUAAAAAAGCAAAGGAGAAUCUCUCCAAGGUGGAGGAGAGAUCUCAAGUUAAACCCGGCAUUCCUCACAAGGAUGGAAAGGUGGACUAUGCCCGAGAUUUCUUUGCCCGUCCAGCGUUUCUCACUGUUUCGGGCCAACUUCAAGUUGAGUCCUAUGCUUGUGCUCUUGGUAGUGUGUAUACCUUUGGCCCAACAUUUCGCGCGGAGAAUUCUCACACUUCAAGGCAUUUGGCGGAAUUUUGGAUGGUAGAACCAGAAAUUGCCUUUGCUGACUUGAAGGAUGACAUGAACUGCGCUGAGGCAUACGUGAAAUUUAUGUGUCAGUGGUUGCUUGACAAUUGCUUAGAAGAUAUGGAGUUUAUGGCUGAUAAGUUUGAUAAAGGUUGCAUUGAUCGUUUGAAAAUGGUUGCUUCCACUCCCUUUAUUCGAGUUUCGUAUACAGAGGCAGUGGAAAUUCUAGAGGAGGCCGUGAAGAAUGGUAAGAAAUUUGACAAUGAAGUGAAAUGGGGGAUUGACUUGGCAUCUGAGCAUGAAAGAUACCUUACAGAGGUAAAGUUUCAGAAGCCUGUAAUUGUCUAUAACUAUCCAAAAGAAAUCAAAGCAUUCUACAUGCGGCUCAAUGAUGAUUCUAAAACAGUGGCUGCUAUGGAUGUCCUUGUGCCAAAGGUUGGAGAGUUGAUUGGUGGAAGCCAAAGAGAAGAGCGUUAUGAUGUCAUUCAGCAAAGAAUAAAGGAGAUGGGUCUGCCUCUUGAGCCAUAUGAGUGGUACCUUGAUCUGAGGCGGUAUGGAACUGUGAAACAUGCUGGAUUUGGUCUUGGCUUUGAACGGAUGAUUCUUUUUGCCACUGGCCUGGAAAAUAUUAGAGACGUGAUUCCCUUCCCUCGUUAUCCUGGCAGAGCAGAUCUAUGAUCGUGAUUACCGAUCUGCAAGUGGCUAUUACAAUUUAUUCCAGAAGUAGUUGAGUCAAAAAUUAGAAGGAAAAGUAUUUGUCUUUUCAAACGGACACAAAGUUAUGUCCUUUCAUUUCUUAUAGCUAUGUACUCUGGGAACUAUAUAGUUAUAAUAUUAAAGUUUUUCUUUUUCUUUCCAUAUCUAAAAAGUGUCUGGAGAGAGAGAGAAAAAAAAAACUUUAAUAUUAUAACUAUGUAUUUCCCGGUACAUAAUUAUAAAGGGGUGAAAUGACAUAACUUUGUGUCCUUUAAAAGAACAUUCACUAUAUCCAAAAUCAUAGUAUAAAAAUUUAUCUUGUAGUUUGGUUUUUAACCCAGAGUUACGUUCAUGGUUAUUCUUUCCCUACCUACAUCCUAUUGAAAGAAUACUGAGUUUUAUAAA